AUGGGGAGCGCCCGGCCCAUCCUCUGCCUCCAGCUGUGGCUGUGGGUGCAGAGCUCUGCCCAGGAGCUUGACCCUGACGGCAGGAACGUCUGCAGGGUCCCCACCGGCCCCGUGUGCUGCCCCGGCUGGAAGCAGGAAGGGCGGGAGUGCACGGCUGCGCUGUGCGAGGGGGAGGAUGCCUGCGGGGUGGACGAGGUGUGCGUGAAACCUGGGGUUUGCCUCUGCAAACCCGGCUUCUUCGGAGCAGACUGCAGUUCCCGCUGCCCCGAGCAGUACUGGGGCCCCGACUGCAAGCGGAGCUGCCCGUGCCACCCCAACGGGCGCUGCGACCCGGCGAGCGGGCGCUGCACCUGCGACCCCAACCACUGGGGAGGGCUCUGCCAGUUCCCUUGCCAGUGCGGCCCCCACGGCCGCCGCGACCCCCUCACCGGCUCCCUCCGCUGCGCGCCCGGCACCGGCCCCUGCCGCUGCCUGCCGGGCUGGUGGGGCAGGAGGUGCAGCUUCAAAUGCUCCUGCAACCUCUCGCCCUGCGCCCAGGAGACGGGCAAGUGCGAAUGCAAGGCUGGGUUUUGGGGACCGGCAUGCCAGCGGCGCUGUGACUGUUUGCACGGCUCCUGCAGCCCCCUCAGCGGGCACUGCAGCUGCAGCCCCGGCUACCAGGGCAGGAGCUGCCGGGACCCCUGUCCGGCGGGGAAAUAUGGGUCUCAGUGCGUGCACAGCUGUGGGAGCUGCAAGCGCAGCCAGCCCGGCUGCCUCCAGCCAUGUCCCCGCUGCCGGCGUGGGGAGGUCUGCGACCCAGAGACCGGGUCCUGCCCGUACUGUGAGCCCGGCUGGACAGGACCCAGCUGCAACAGCUCCUGCCCCACAGGCACCUUCGGUGACGGAUGCCAGUUCCUCUGCCCCGAGUGCGUUGCGGGGAGCUGCGACCCCGUGUCAGGAGCUUGCAUCUGCCAGGGAGGCUACUGGGGAGCCAGCUGCAACAACACCUGCCCAGAGGGAUAUUUUGGGGUGAACUGUUCCUCACCCUGCCAGUGCUCCCGGGGGACCUGCCACCCCGUACGGGGUGACUGCGUGUUGAGUUUAAAGGACCACGGGGCCCUGGCAGCUGCCAUCCUCGUCCCUCUCUUGCUACUGCUGCUCUGCAUCGUCUGCUGUUGCUGUGGAGCCGGCCCAGCAGAUGCUAGAGACAGGUAUUUUUUUUUAUUUCAACCUUUGAUGCAAAACCCCGUCUCCCAUGUCCCUCGACAUCCGUCUCCCCUGCACAGGGCGGCCGUGCCGGACGAUGACGUGGUAGCCAGGAUGAAGCACCACGUGCGGGGGGUGCUGGCGAACCUCAGCGCUAUGAUGCCUUGUUUUUCCCUGGGCGGCUACAAACUUCCCAAAGUCACAGGUAAAAAAAAAGCAGAGCUGCUGACAGCCCUUCCAGGGGUUCACCCCCACCCUCUGGGUGUCUUCUUCUCCCCAGUUUCCCACCAUGAUGCAGAAAUCCCCUUCAACCCCAGCUUCAUCGAGCCGCCAUCAGCUGCAUGGGUUUCAGACAGCUCCUUCUCUUCUUUUGACACUGACAACGAGGGACCCGAAUACUCCGUCCCUCCCAGAGAAGGCAUCCCGCUGCUGGGGGGAGCCGAGCUGCAGGACGGAGUGUCCGCCCCCGGCGAGGCGCUCCCAGACCCCUCUGCCUUUGACUCCGAGGACGUCUCGCAGCCCUUCGCCAUCCCUCGCACUUCCAGCAUCGCCAAGGCCAAGCGGCCGUCCGUGUCCUUUGCUGAGGGGACAAAAUUUGGGGAGGCAGAGACCCCCAGCCCCGGGCGGAAGCCCAAGACCCCAUGGGGCCCAUCCAAGCUGUCCCAAAUGCUGGGGGAUGCGGCAGCUGAGCCCCCCACUGAAAGACCAGCCAGCGAUUGCUACGAGAGCCCUGAGCCCCUCAGCAAGGGGGAGGAAAGCCACCGGCCAUCACCCCGGGCCACCCCAGGGGGACGCCGGCGGGUGGUCUCCGGCACCAGGCAUGUGGCCCAGAGAGUGGAGGCGCUUGAAGCAGCUGCGAAAUCCAGCACCUGGGAGGCGAAAGGGAAGGAGCCCAACGUCACCACCAUCUACAUGAUGGUAGGAACGGCCGGGCAGGACCCCAAGUCGGAGGGGAGUGGUGAGGGACCAGUCCAGGCUGUGCUCAAGCGGCUGGGCAGCUUGCAGAAGGGCAAGUGGGCCACAAAGGAGGAGCCCAAGGUGAGAAGGAGCAUUGAGGGCAUCCAGAAACCACCCCGCCGGGCCCUGGCCCAGCGCAGAGAUUCGGUGAAUAGCUGCAAGCAGAGGGAGAGUGUCCCCGGGGCUCCCGACGAGUCAUCCCCUGGCAAGCACCCUGGCGAGAGACAGUCCUUCCUUCUCGCAUCUCCCUCGCCGAAAAUCACCGGGGCCCAGGAUGUGGCCAGCGAUGCUAUAGGUGCCACGGAGAGGAGCAAAAGCCCUGAGAUAGUCCUCAGCCUCGAAGAGAAGGGAGAGGCUGCCCCAGAGGAAGAGCCAAAAUACGAGAACUUUUUUUUUGAUUCGCCCCCCGGCCCCGCCAAGGAGCUGCCGGCUGCCCCUGCGGCCACCUGA